AACGUUAUCCAACACUUGCUGUCUUUGUGAGCUUUAUAGCGUUUUUAUAGCGUGUAUGCACUAGGUGCAAUACGCAUGCAGAAAUUUUCUUGGAUUUCACCAGCCAUGGAGCGCACAAUAAUUUUCCUGGUUCUGCUCCUGGGAAUCCUGCACGGCACCUGCGGGCUGUACUUCACCAUGAGAGAAACGAAACGAAAGUGCUUCAUCCAGACUACGCCCAAUGAAACGGAUUUGCUGGUUCAUUACGUCUUUGAGGUGGAAGAUUCAAGUUCGGGCGGCUUUAUGCCCGCGCCCCCUCUCCUUGGAAUGCAUGUGGAAGUGCGGGAUAGCAUGGACAAGGUUGUCCUUUCUCGCGUCUACAAGUCGGAGGCUCGUCUUAAGUUCACAACCCACUGGCCUGGUGACCACCAGAUCUGCCUGCAAUCCAACAGUUCCGCGUGGUUCGAAGGCGCUCUACUGCGUGUCCACUUGGACAUUGAGACCGGCGAGCGGACUGUGGACUACGAAAACGUUCGCCGGUUGUACAACCUGGACUCCAUGCAGUUGCGGAUUCUACAGCUGAAGAAUCAGGCAGAGGAUAUAUCCAGGAAUCAGAACUACCAGCGUUUUCAAAUGGAACGCUUUCGGAGGACAUGCGAUAACAUAUACUUCAAUAUAGUGUGUUUCUCCGUCGCUCAGGUCGUAAUCUUGCUGCUCCUAUGGGGCAUCCAGUACCAUCUGCUCUUCAGGCAACCGUCCUUGUACCUUGCAUUCUGCCAAAUCCUCUGGGAAAGCGAGUUAUCCAGGUUGAGGACACCAGAGGCGUUUAGAGCACUCAUCACCAUCGUGGGAACCAACAGUCAAGGUCUAACCUCCAAGGCCUUCGCACAAUGGAUCAGCCAGUUGGCGGAUCCGGAUUCAACGGACGAGCUGUUUCUUAUGACCGAUAAGGUCAGAGCCAAAGUGGAAGAAUUUGUUGGUAAAUUCCUCUGCAAGCCAGCUUCGCAGAUUCCGGAAAAUGUUAAAGGCAGCUUCUACGCUUCCAACGUCCAAUUGGCGAAGCUUCUGUCCAGCGCACAACGAAAUCGUAGUGUCCACUUGAAAGGCGACCACUUCCUGCUGGUCUGCGAGUGUGAAGAUUGCAAGGCGGAGAAAUCGAACACAAUUGAUACGCAAUCUUGA